AUGACAACUUGGUACUCUCUGAUGAUCCUCAAGUCAGAUAUAUGGAACUGUCAAAGAGCUCAACAAGCCAUUGAACUCUACGAACAACGCAAAACAAAGAAUGAGGCCAUGAUGGUGAAAAAGCUCGUUCUAUCAUUGCCCAGCAUAUUCUUGAAAGAGAACAAGGCUGUAUUGAGAGACAUGCCUGGCUAUGACGAACGAGAAGAAUACAAGCAAUACAUCAAGGAAAGCAUGAUGGAUGUCGGAGUUGUCUUUUGUGGUACCGAGAACAACAGAGGCAGUUGGGAUGACCGCUUAAUUAAAAAGCUGUGGGAUCAUGGAUUGUAUUCGCCUUAUCAGAAUUUCUUUCCAUCCGUUGUGUUUCUUGUGAAUGAUCCUCUCAUGACAGUGGAGGUAUAUAAUAACUGGAAUUACAAAGAUACAACCAACAAGAUCAAAGUAGGCAUCCAGCUCUCAAUUCUAUUUGGAGUCGAUGUUGGAGUUUCUGAGGACAUAUUUGCAGCUCGUUCCAAAUCAGAAAGUCAAUUCGAAACAAAUAGAAUCACUGAACUGUUGUCGGAUUGUGGUAUUUCAUUAACAGGCUCUAAUCACCUAACUUUGGAGCAGAUUAAGGGAAUCGUUGAUGAAUCUAAAAAAGGAACAUUCUCAAAAGACGAUUUCAAUAGACUCCUAAAGAGACUUAAUGAUAAUCAAUCAGCGAAUGCUGAAAUAUUUGAAUCAAAUAUAUGA